AUGACCUCUCGAAUCCACGCCAUUACCGUCGGCGUAAACAACUACCCCACCUUCACGCCGCUGAAAGCUGCAGUGCAAGAUGCAUCUCAAGUGGCGGAGUAUUUCAGGGAGGCAUCGGUACUGAACUACGAAGUCGGAUACAUCGAAGACUACUCAAACGCAACUAGACAACAAGUCAUAGAUACUGUCAGCUCUCUUGAGAAGAAAGCCCGACCAGGAGAUGCCAUAGUUUUCUUUUUCUCUGGGUACACUGGCCAAACCAAACCAAAAAAAGGUGUUAGGGAAGUAGGUAUCUGUCCCCUAGACGGAUCCAAGAAAGGUGGAAUUUCGGACAAGAACCUCCUGGAACUCUUUGACCAAGUGUCCACAUCGUGCGGAAACAACAUCACUGUCCUCCUAGAUUGUUCAACCAAUGAUUUCAAUUGGAAUAAUCCCACCUCUUUUGUUGUUGUCUCGCCGAAAUUUUCAAAGGAGGCAGCCAACGACAUUCGCAGGUCUCGUCCAAGCCGCAAGGUACGAUGGAGCUUAUCAGAUACGCUCCUUAUUAGACAGCGAGUACGUUUUAGACGCGAUCUCGAGGUCACUGCUUUCGGAUCCAACGUCGACCGGCCCCUGUUCAAUUUAAAGGGCACCCCGAGUCACUACGCCUUCAUCCCAGGUCGAAUCUCGAGUGAAGGCCAUUUUGUGCUCUCUGCAGGAAACGCGCAUGGCGUUCGUGAGGGUGCCAUCUACGGGAUUUAUCGGCAUAACAUCCGAGAUGCGGAAUGUGAAGGCGACAAAAUCGUGAUACUGAAGGUCGUCACCCUUAAUGACGACGACAUCACGGCGACGCUUGGCCAUGUUGAAGGCCAGCAACCUCCAGUCCCCGGCUUCUUCUACGCUGUUGAAGAGCGUCACUAUUUUGAACGUAUCAAGAUCUUUGUCGAUGCAGAGACCGAGACCCGUCUCAACAAGGCCCUUUCCUCCGAUUGGAUCAGCGCCAAAGAGAAGACUCAAGCAGCCAUGAUAGCGGGAAUUGCUGGAGGAGAGGUAUCCCUCACGUGGAAUGGUUUCAACGACCUUCCUGGCAAACCCACCAAAUUAGAUCCUAUUGAGGACGACGAUUUUGCGAUCCGAAGAGAGAUUUCCAGAGCUGCCCGAUUCCACCACCUCCUUGAUACGUUCCCCCGGUCAAAUCUAGUUUCCUCUCGACUAGCCUCAGACGGUUUCGAGGUCCAAAAGUGUAUCGAAGCGAAUGUUGAGGAGGACUCGCUGUUAGGCCCCUAUUGUUUAAGCAUCACAAAUGCGAACAAGUUUCCUGUUUGGCCCCACGUUUUUAUUUGCGACCCGGAUGGGUUCUUCAUUGACACCUGGUAUUCGCCACCUCCCGGAAUGCAGGAUUCCCCACUUCAGAAAAAUGGGAAGCUUGUCAUCGGGACCGCUGAUAACGGCAUCGUGCUCCCGUACAAACAAGAAACAAAUUAUCGAUUGACAUAUUUGAAAAUAAUCGUGACGAAGGAACGAACAAGCUUUAGAUUCGUUGAGCAGUGGUACAAGUCGUAUAUAGAGGAUGAGAUACGAGGGUAUGGGACUCUGGGCACCUCUGACAACGAGCCCCAGAACACAGAAUCUGCGCCCCCGAAAGACGUGAAAGAGCAAAAGUCAAAGAGCACGCCUUUGGCGAAGGCUCCAACUUGGGCAUCGAUGCGUAUUACCAUUCUUACGAAAAAUAAGCCUCCGUGUCAGGGACAGCAAUAA